UGCAAGUGGACAUGUACUUAGAACCAUGCAUCUCAUGGGAUGCAUCAGCCUGGAACGUUACCCAGUUUUGCAUCUACAUACUAUGAAAAGCUUCACUGGCUGAAUUUCUGCUUAGCACAUUUCAACAAAGGUGGGGUUGAGGAAUUCCACUGGGAAUUCUAGUGGAGCAUGAAAACAACCAGUCUCAGGGGAGCACCAAAAGUAAGGCAAAGAGAAGAAGCCUCAUUAGAAAUUACCGAGAAACUUCUGAACUCCCAAGACAGCAAUCUGGAACUUCCAUCAAAAUGGAUUCUCUGGGAGUGUUUGGCAGCAGAUCCUACUGAGGAUCCUACUCUCAUUUCCCCUGAGGGAAAUUUUCCCCUGAGGAUCCUACUCUCAUUUCCCCUGAUCCUACAGCAGAUCCUACUCUCAUUUCCCCCAGUGUGGUACUAAUGCAGCAUCUUAAAAUAUUGCCACCUUGCCUAGAUAGCAUAGCUGUUUUCUCAACUGCUGUAUUCCACUUCUGCACUCCUUCUUCCAGAGAGCUGCUUUUCAGGAAAUGAGCUCCACCUCCUGCUCUGCGUGCUUUUGUCCAACCUCCUUCUCCCCUACCUGGACUCUGCCCUUCUUUUUUCACUUGUAAACUGGCACUCAUUACACAGACAAGCAGGUGCUUGUUCUCAGAUGCUACCUUGGUCACCUUCCCAUCUGCUGCUUGCUCAAGUCCACAUUCAAAGUUCUUCUGUUUUAGGCUUUGAGACCAUCUGGCUGGAAAACCCUGGAAUGACCUGACUUGCUCCCACCUGAAGAUGGUUGCUUCAGUCCCACCCUGCCGUGACAGUAUGUGUUGGAAAUAAAGUUCAAUAAUACUCAACUCCAUCCAAAAUAAUGGCUGCCAUUUUCUGUGAGAACUGUUCCUUUUCAUAUUUUCAACAUGGCCAAGCCUCCCAUCAUUCUGAAGCUAGUGGAGCUCUUCUGCUCAUCAUGCUUGGGAAAGUCAUGCUCAAUCUAUUUUUGUUACAAGUCCGAAAAUCAAAUCUCCGUGAGAGUUAUAUGGGCUAUUUCUGCAAUUCACUAGCCUUUGUUGACUUUGUGCUUCUAGCAACUAUGUCCUUCAUUGCCUGUUUUCAGGAUUUCAUGCUUUUAGGCGUCCGAUUUACUGUGUAUCAUAUCUGUCUUCUGGCUCAGAUAGCAGCCCUUGCCUAUGGAAUCUUAUUUUACCCAGUUUCUUUUGUAGCUGGUUUGGAUUACUACCUUACAAUAACCCAAACUUCCAAGCGUCCUAACGUGUGUUGGCGAUCACUAUACACAGUUGCUGUUGCCUUCACGUGGAUUUCAGUUCUCUGUUAUGUUCUGAAUCUUCCAGGCAGCUCUAUAGGACUUGAGGUAAGCCAUUCCAAUUCCAAUUCUGCCUACCAGUGCCCUUUCUACACCAGCAGUCAGAGCUACUGGCUGACAGUAGGCAUGCUGUUUAUCAUAUGCCUGGUUCUUGUAUUCUGUUGGUCAGAAGUUGUGGAUAUGGUGAAAUCAAUUCAACUAAUUUCCAUCGAGAGAGAGGUUGUUUUGUUCUUCCCUUACAUGCCUGAGUGCAGCCUCAGAGACUCUGGGAAGCAUUUUUUGACAAGACUUCUUAUCUGCUUUAUUGGCACUUGGGCACCAUUUGUGCUCCUUCAAAUGCUAAUCCUGUUCCUUGGCGCAGAGAUUCCUGCCUGCAUAGAGAUGAACGUUCCCUGGCUUUAUUUUGCCAACAGCUUUAUUAUUGGAAUGGCAUUUUGGGUCAGGCGCCACCAGAUUGAGAUGACAGAAGAGACUUGGGAUGUGGAUCCAUUCGUCAGCUGGAAGUUCUGCUUUGCCCCAUUCAACUGCCAAGAUGAAGAGAAAACUCAAAAGCCCACCACCCAAAGUUUAAUCUGUUAGCAAGCGGCUGCGAGAGGUGAAUAUUGAGUUACCAUAAUAGCUUGGGGGAAGAUUGUAUUAUUCUGCGACAUUUGUAAACUUUUGUAGGUUUUUUUUUGGGAAGGGAUCACCAAUAUGUGUAUGUGAGUGGUGCUAUAAUGUAAUUGUGUGCUGUUUACCAAGUUGGACUUCCAGUAUGGGUGCUUACUUCAAAAUAAUGACAAAUUACUGUCAAAGGUGCCCAACAGUGUUGUUUGUAAUAAUAAUCAAAUUCUGCCCUCAUCUCAUUCAAGGCUCUCAGAUCCAGUGGAGGCUACCAUGGACGGAAGGAGGCAGUUGUUGCAAUUUCCACCUUUCUCUUGCAGCCCUCAAUGCCACCUUCCCUGCUCCCAUCAAAUGCUGUCCCAAAGGUUUCCUCAACCCUUGGAACAGAUUUGGGGGUGGGGGCAAGGGCUGCAGAAGGAAGGGGGAAUAAUAGAAAAUUGCCUCCUAGUGCCCCUCCAUGGAAGCCUCAACUGGAUCAAAGAGCUUCUAUGAAUGGUUGGGAAAAACACCAAUGGCUAAAAUGUUUUGAUUUGAAAGACAGUUAAAUUGAUCUUUUAAUCCUUGAUACCUGAUGGGUGUGUGUUUUUAUAUGUUUUAUUACAAAUAUUGUGUAUGUGUGUUUUAAAUUCUAUUUUCCCUCUCUGGUUAUUUGCAGGGGGUUAUUGGGUUGUUCUUGCUUUUAUUUUGAUUAUAUAUUUUGUGUUUUUAUAUUGUAUAGGGUGGUAUAUAAAUAAAUAUAAAUAAUUUUAUUACACAGUGUUUGAGCAACAUACUUGAAAUAAAGUAAUCAGUGGCUGUCACUCUUCCCUCAAUGUGAAAAAAGACAUCAAACUAGACAAAUGGAAGUAGCUUUUAUUUCUGCAGCACUGGUAUUCACACUUUCAAUGUAAAGUUCAACUAUAAACCAAGUUGGUGAUGCUGUAGGUCAAAUAUUUAACCCCACAGGAAGCAAAUAUUACCACAUAAGAAUGCUCAAUUUAAAAAAAAGUGUGUGCCAAUAACAAAAGGUGCAAUUACAAGCAAAUUGAAGCAGCAAUAGUAUAAGGUGCUUUGAUUCAUCCUUUGUAUAAUCUGAUUAUUCAUGGACAGAUUUAAUAACAAGUAAAUUUUACAUCACUCCUACAGACCAUAACAAAUAUGAGAAUCUAAAAUUCAUCCACAUGCUAUGUAAAUAUGAAAGUGCUUUUUAUAUAAAAAGGAUACAUAUAGAUCAAUUUUUACCGAAAUCACUGUGUGGCUUAUUCUUUAAAUGUAAAAAUGAUACAGCUUAAUUAGGGGAAGGAUAAUUUUUCAAAACUUUCACUGGAAACAAUGAAAGUGCCAAAUUGUUGCUACAUAUGCUUAAACCACUUGUUUAGGAAAAUCGAAGUACCAUUCCAUGAUACAAACACAGACGUACAUAUAUUAUUAUUAUUUAUCGAAUUUAUAUACCGCCCUGUACCAAGAGGUCUCAGGGUGGCUCACAGAAUAAAAUCAAAAUAUAAAACCACA